UACAAAAGAGAGAUAUAUAUACUACUAUAUCAGAAGCUCGUGAUGAGAAUUUUUUCUUUACAGUAGUAGCAAACAAACAUCAAAUAUAUCAGAGAAUUAAGAGACUGAAAAAUUUGCUUUUCUCGUGAUCUUUCUUUGUACACAUAAUUAUUACACUUUUUGUUGUUGCUUUAAACCUAGACAGUUUCAACGGGAUUUGCCAAAAACCAUCUCUUUUCUAAGUCUAAACUUAAGCCAGAUAUCUCUCUCUUGUUCAACCUCUAUAUAGAAAGAACAUAGCUCUCUUUUUUCCUGUCUUUAUCUAGAGAAAUUUCAUUUAGUUUCCCACUUUUUUUUUUCCAUUUAUUCUGUUGGUGGAAACUGAAGGGAUAGAGGUGAAAAAGAGGAGUCUUGAAAAUACCAUUUUGGAAUUUGAAGAGAUUUUUUUUGAGAAGAAGAAGAAAUUGAAGAAUGGGAAAUUGUGGAAGAAAUGGUGGAGUGAGACAAUAUAUAAGAUCAAAAGUACCUCGUUUGAGAUGGACACCUGAUCUUCAUCAUUGUUUUCUUCAUGCUAUUGAAAAACUUGGUGGCCAAGAUAAGGCUACUCCUAAGCUUGUUCUUCAGAUGAUGGAUGUAAGAGGACUUACUAUUUCUCAUGUUAAAAGUCAUCUUCAGAUGUAUAGAAGCAUGAAAAGUGAAGUCAACAGGCAAGAUAGAAGCAGCACUCAACAAAGAAAACAAUCUCUAGAAAAUCAUGAUUGUCAUCAAGAAGAAGAAGGGUGUAUUGAGCAACAGAAGCUUUUGGUUUACGAUCCAUCUUUUAGUCCAAUUGAAAGAUCAGAUUCUCCUUACUUUAACAGUGUUCAACCCACAAAAAGAGCUAGAAUCAAGACUACAAACUGCAGCCAGAGAAUACGUGAAGCAGUGGCCAAUCAGUACAGUAAAGAUGAUUACAUCCAUAGUAUGGCUGAUAAAAGUGUAGUAAAAGAGAGGAAAAAAGAAGGAGAGAAUGGUUUCAUAUGGCAACAGACUUGUGGUGAAAGUGAAACAGAAAGAGAAAGAGAAACAGCUCAUCCUGCUUUGUGCAACAGUACUUAUUUCUCUCUGCCACAAGAUUUCUUUCAAAGUUUUAAUCCUCAAGUUCAAGAAUCUGAAAUUUUCAAGGCGGCCAAGCAACAAGAUUCAAAACGGGAAUCAUCAAAGAAGUGCAAAUUCGAGGGCUCGAGGAAAAUAGAAAAUGUAGGAGAAGAAGAAGAAGAAGAAAAAGAAGACGACGAUUGUAGAUUAUCGUUGGCUCUCUCAUUGCACCAUCCUUCAAUUCAAAGAAGCAAUACUUCGUCCACAAUAAGUGAAAUUAGUGAGGCAAUUUCUUCAUACUCGGGUUCCAACCUGAAUCAUCACGAGUACCACUGGCUUUCUUCUUCUGAAAAACAUAGUGUUAUUAAUCUUGAUCUCUCUAUUGCCUUGUGUAGUGAGUAGUGACUUAUGAGAUUUCCUGAAAAAUUCCCCUUAGGUGAAUUUUGAAAUCAAUUAGUCUUUUUAUUAGGAGGAUGAAGUUUUUUACUUCUUUUACUGUAGUGUUUCUCUUUCUUUUUUCUGUGUUUACUAUUUUAAUUUAUUACCCUUGUUCAUGUUGAUAUCAGAGAAACGCUUCAGUAACUUAAGUACUCGAGUGUUGUUAUUGUAGUCCAUUUGUAACUUUUAUUUCAGUUACAUUGUAGUAUUUUGGGAUAUUAUCAUUUUUAGCUUCUGUCAGAAACG